CAACCAUUUGUCACAUGUUGAAACAUCCACAUAUAGUGGAGCUGCUAGAGACUUAUUCAUCUGAUGGCCUCUUAUACAUGGUGUUUGAGUACAUUGAAGGAUCUGAUCUGUGUUUUGAAAUCGUGAAGAGAGCCACUGCAGGUUUUGUCUAUAGUGAGGCAGUUGCAAGCCAUUACCUGAGACAGGUGCUGGAAGCACUCAGGUACAUCCAUGCAAACAAUGUAGUGCACCGGGACCUGAAGCCUCACUGUGUCCUCCUAUCAUCAAAAGAGAAUUCUGCUCCUGUGAAGCUUGGGGGAUUCGGUGUUGCCAUUCAGCUUAGGCCUACUGAGCUUGUCAGUGGAGGAGAGUCAUCCCCUGAGUGUGUGGAAUACCGCAGCAACUUAAGCCCCCUUGCUCGCCAUCACUUUUCAUGUGACUACCAAGGUCGAAUUGGGACACCACAUUUCAUGUCACCAGAAGUAGUACAGCGUCUCCCUUAUGGACCAGCAACAGACAUUUGGUCAGCUGGGAUCCUUCUCUAUAUCCUCUUAUCUGGUCAGCUUCCAUUCCCUGGGACCCGGGAACUCCUCUAUGAACACAUUUCCUCUGGCCGCAUACUUCUGCAAGGCCCAUCAUGGGAUCCAAUCAGUGAUGCAGCCAAAGAUCUUGUGAGACAAAUGAUCCAGGUAGAUUCAGUGGAACGCAUCACUGCUGAGGAGGCACUCAAUCAUCGAUGGAUACGGGAACGAGAGCGGUGUGCACCACGCAUCCACUUGUCAGAAACUGUGGAUCGGAUGAGAGCAUUCAAUUCAAGGCGAAAGCUGAAGGGUGCUGUCCUGGCUGCUGUCUCUUCCCCCCGAUGGCAUCAGGAGAUUGGACUCCAUCCAAAUGCCUACUUCCCUGAUUUUUCGGAUGAUGAAGCUACCUCUAUAGCUGUUGGAACCAUUUUGGAUUCCUUGGAUGCAAUCCCCUGUCUCUUGGAGUCCAGUGCUACUUCCCUCAUGAAUCGAGAAGCAUUCCUGGAACUCCUUGAUGAUGUUCAGCUCCGUGAGCUUCUGCAGCUGUAUGACAACAUAGCAAGUCGGUCUGUGUGUGCUGUGCGGAACCCACCAUGUGAUGGCCUGUUGCGAUUGGCAGAGGUGGUGGAUGAUCUGCAGUCUCUUGUUUACACCAAUCAGGCUUCUCGGGACACACAGGAGCUCCUCCAUAUCCUCACUCGAUCUCCUCUCCAGGUUCCUCUUGCCUCCAUGAGAUACUUUCUCUUUUUAUUUGAGUGGAAGCUGGAGUGGUGUAUUGAGUCUCUCUUCUUUUUCAAUUCAUUCAUCUUGCAACAGGCCCUGUUACAUGCACAUGACGUGCUGGCACAUGAAGUGUAUGGAGAUGGAGCAUUGCGGGUCACUCCACCUCCCAUCAUGGGUUCAGGAACACUAUCUUCAAAUGGGGAACCUGGGAACCCAGAGAGCAUUGGACCUGAACAUGUCACCCGUGUUCGACUCGUCCAGUUCCAGAAAAACACUGAUGAACCCAUGGGCAUUACAUUGCGGAUUGACGAGCAUGGGCGGUGCAUGGUGGCACGCAUCAUGCAUGGGGGUAUGAUCCAUCGACAGGCAACAUUACACGUUGAUGAUGAGAUUCGAGAAAUCAAUGGAGUUCCUGUGGCUGGGAAAAGUGUGAAAACCCUUCAAAAUAUGCUGAGAGAAGCUCGAGGCUCAAUCACAUUCAAGAUCGUGCCAUCAUAUCGCAGUGCUCCCCCACCCUGCGAGAUAUAUGUGAAAGCGCAGUUCCAGUACGAUCCCAUGGAGGACGAUCUCAUCCCAUGCAAGCAGGCCGGAAUCUCCUUCAAGAUUGGUGACAUCCUUCAGAUCCUGAGCAAGGAUGAUACAAUGUGGUGGCAGGCAAAGAAGGAAGGCGGGACAACGGCUGGGAUCGUGCCUUCCCCACAGCUUCAGGAGUGGCGCCUGUCAUCCUCUUCAAAGGAGUCGCACAAGAAUCAGCAGGUGAACUGCGCCUUUUGGGCGCGGAGCAAGAAGCGCCUUACUAAGGAUAAGUCUGCUGCCAAGCAGCAUGGUGCCUACGAUCCCAUGGAUCUCCUCACCUAUGAGGAGGUUGUGAAGCUCCCUGCUUUCCCUAGGAAGACGCUGGUCCUACUUGGUGCUCAUGGAGUGGGGAGACGACAUAUAAAAAACACGCUCAUAGCUAUGCAUCCCAACCGCUACGCCUACCCCAUACCUCAUACGACGAGACCUCGACGCCGAGAUGAGGAGGACGGCCGCCAGUACUACUUUGUAUCCCAUGACAAAAUGAUGACAGAUAUCGCUAAUAAUGAAUACCUUGAAUAUGGAACCCAUGAAGACGCAAUGUAUGGGACAAAGCUGGAAACGAUUCGGGAGAUUGUCAACAACCAGGGUCGAAUGGCCAUCUUGGAUGUAGAACCUCAAGCGCUCAAGAUCCUCCGCACUGCUGAAUUUGCUCCCUAUGUUGUGUUCAUUGCUGCCCCUCAGCUCACUAAUGUCCCUGAUUAUGAUGGGAGUCUCGCAAGGCUGUUGAAGGAGUCUCAGGCCCUGGAGGCAAAUUAUGCACCGUUCUUCGACAUGACCCUGGUGAACAAUGAUAUUGAGGCCACCAUUGCCAGCCUGGAACGGGAACUGGAACGAAUCCACUCCGUCACCCAGUGGAUCCCAGUCUCCUGGGUCUAUUGAAUUGUUUCAAGAGUGUCUCUUCCCCUUCUUUUUCCUUAUUAGUUUACUCCUCUCUCUUCACGUCUCAUUCAAAUGCAUUCCUCUUCCCUCUCUCGAUUCGGCCGACAAUCAGGCAUCGUUGGGUGGCUGGGAUCAUCAAUCGCUUCCUCUUCGGCAGCAAUACUGAGGAACAACCGGUUUCAUUUCAUUUGAUCACUUGAGCGUUUCUUUUUUUUGAACCCCCAUAGUGUGAGAUGGGGGAAUCCCUGGAGAAGUAGGUUAAUGAUGGGGGAAUUCCAGGAGGAGAAGCAGGUGCAUUUCACUGCCUGACGACAAUGCUGUUCUUUUAUCUUUCCUUCUGCUUCUCUCACUGUCCUUUCCCCACCUCCCCAAGCUCCUCCUGUAUUUGCUCAAUUUUCUGCCCCUUUGACAGAGGGGCCCAGACUUUGCAAGUGCGCAUGGUUGCUGCUGGAGUCCUUGGCACGUCGGUCCUUCUUCAUUUUUCCUUCCAUUGUCCUUCAUCUUCCUCGUCUUGCUCUCCAGUCGCAGCGGAUCUGUCCUCUACGCGAACGGUCGCCUUCCCUCGUGAAGGCCAGGUCCUCUCCGUUUAUUGCAUAUUGUGCUCACGUACGAGUCUAGACCGGGCCGGUGUGCCGAGGACUAAGCACUUUUCUCCACUUGUUAACAGAGACGUCAGGUAGUGAUGAGAGAUGUCCCUAGGGUAUUCAAAGAGAUCCAGUUGCAAUUAUUAUCCUUCGCUCCUUGUUUCCUUGCUGGUGGAAGAGGAGAAAUACCAAAGAUGACCAUAUCUUGAUUGUGCAUACCCGUUCGGGAGGUCCUGCCCCGCAAGAAAUUCGUUGCUAUCACUUUGACCUCUCAUCUUCUAUUUGUCUAUAACAGAGUUUUUGUGACGUUUGUUUUGCUUCUUUCGCACGUGAUCACCCCAUCAAGGGCAUUCGGUUUCUUGGCUGGUUUGUUGAUGAAUUUUAUCCUUCUACGAGUUUUUUUUAUUAUUAUUAGUCAAUACAAUACUGCACGCAUUGGUUUCCCUGAGGUGAUUGAUUUGUUACCUCCGACUCCCCUGCUUCUUAGUGCAUAAUACUUUGUUCGCGUUAUUAUUAUUAUUAUUAUUAUUAUUAUCAUCAAUAUUGGAAGGUAUUAUUUUGAGAGGAACGACAUUGAGAAAAAAUAUUUUGUUGUUCUGAUACGUUGUUGAUCUCGUUGCAGCUUUGUUGGGAGUCUGCAUUCCACGCUCGUUUCCCCUCUUCCGUGGCUUUCUUCUUGCUUUUUGCGGAGUGGGAGCGCCCGGGCGACUCCGUUCCGACGUCUUCCUUUUGGUAGGGUCGAGUCUGAAAGGGAAUUCCGUAGGUCCCUGCCCUUCUGCUCGGUGCCAAACUUCCUCCUCCUUGGACUUGCUCAUUUCCUCCGGCAGUUUUUUCAUAUUUAGUGAGAGGGUCCGUGGGAAGGUACUCGCAACCCCAUAGCAGGAUGCAGCGACCUCGACCCGGUCAUCGAAAAAGCACAAAUCUUUGUUUCUCUUCGACGAAAUGGAAAAACGCACGGACGUAGAUAGGGAUUUCGUCCUUUGUUGUUUCACUCGUCUCUUCUCUCCCUGGCAGUGACCUUUUUCGAGGGUCCUUGUUGUUGAAACUCAUCAGGAUCAUUAUGAAGUCAUGAC